UCACUUUCAGUUUCAAAGCUUCAACACAUUCCCUUCUUCUCUCUCUCUCGUUCCCUUCUGUUUUAAUAAUUUUCGCAACCUAAAAAAAAAAGAAAAAAAUGGACGGCGGAGAUUUGAUCCUUCCUCCGGGAUUUCGAUUCCAUCCGACGGACGAGGAGCUCGUGAUGCACUACCUUUGCCGAAAAUGUGCCGGGUCGCCGAUCUUUGCACCGAUCAUCGCCGACGUCGAUUUGUACAAGUACGACCCCUGGGAUCUGCCAGGCAUGGCGAAGUACGGAGAAAAGGAAUGGUACUUUUUUUCGCCGAGGGACCGAAAGUAUCCGAACGGGUCGCGACCAAACCGCGCGGCGGGGACCGGGUACUGGAAGGCGACAGGGGCAGACAAGCCGGUGGGGACGGCGAUCAAGAAGGCGUUGGUGUUUUAUGCCGGAAAGGCCCCAAAGGGCGAAAAGACAAACUGGAUCAUGCACGAGUACCGACUCGCCCAUGUCGACCGGUCUGCACGCAAAAAAGACUAUAGCACCAACACCUUACGGUUGGACGACUGGGUGCUGUGUCGCCUCUACAACAAGAAGGGCGUGGUGGAGCGGCCCCACGCCGGUUCGACGAAACCGGGCGCCGCCCCGAACCCGGUCCAGCUCCCGCAGCGGCCCAAGACGGAGCACGUGACCGCGCCCCACGCGCACGUGCCGGCGCACCAGGAGCUGAUGGACCUGGUCUACCACGACCCGUCGGAGCCGCUCCCGCGGCUGUACGCCGAGUCCAGCAGCUCCGAGCACGUGCGCUCCCCCGACCCGGCCACGUGCGAGGCCCUGGAGGAGGCGGAGAGUCGCCACGAGCAGGGCACGUGGGGGAUGCUCUGGGAGAAGGCCCUCGGGGGAUCGUUUAAUUACGACGAUGCCACCGAAAUCGCGUUCGCGGUGCCGCCGUUUUCGCCCGCGUUCCCCGACGCCGCGUUCCACGACGCGCUUUCCUACCUCCAGAGGCCCUUCUAACUUGCGCCGGUGAAUCCCUUUUUUUUUUAAAUUUUUUUUUGCUAACCUGCGCCGGGAGGGAGGGUAACCGUCCGAUCGGUGGGGGUGACGUCAUCGUGGCGUCAAUCGCCGCAUUUUGCGGCUGAGAUUGAAUCUCUUCGAUUUCGGAUAUAUAUAUUUAUAUAUAUCUAUAUAUGUAGAUAUUUGUAG